AUGGUGCUCAGAAAUUCCAUUUCCAACACCAAGAGGUUUUUUCAGAAAACCCUUGGGAACCUGAAGAACCUAUUUUCUGCUGGUAGCUACGAAAAGCUACCCAAAUCGCCUGCCAUCUAUAGUACUUCUAUGUCUACUAGUACUUUUGCUCGCGUUCAUGAUAUGAAUAUCCACAACACAAGCAGUUACAAAGACUUAGACAAGUUGUACAACGACUUCACAGAUCAAUGGGAUAGCAAGAGACAAAGCCAAGAGAUUAUCAUUGAUGUGGAAAGUGACGAUGAGAAUAAUGAAGGUAAUAAACGAGAAGAUCCAAGCAUUGUGAAUCGUCAAGGAAGUUUCGAUGAAGAUGAUUUGUCUGGAAAGAUGGUGUGUUGUGAAGUGGAAGCUUAUGAAUUCUAUAACAGUUAUGCUGCAAGAAUUGGGUUUAGUGUUCGAAAGGGAAAAAAGAGAAGAGAUGCUGAUAGGCUAGUUAUAAGAACAGGUUGCAAAGCCAUGAUCCGAUUUACAUUAGCAGAGGACAUGUGGAGAGUUUCUCACUUUCAUGCCGAGCACAAUCACGAGCUUGUUAAGCCAGAAGAGAGACCAUUUUUAAGAUCAAAUAGAAAAAUGUCUGAAGCUCAUAAAGGGGUGAUAAAGUCCAUGCGUGAUGCUCGUAUAGGGAUCAUAAAGACAUACUCAUAUUUAGCAGAAGAAGUUGGCGGAUCUCAGAAUGUUAGGUUUACGAAGAGAGAUUGCUAUAAUUAUGUGAAUAAUGAUAAAAUGGCUAUGUUUGAGACUAGAGAUGUGAUGUAG